UCUUACAGAUUCUUAGCCUCUGCAUGUAAAGACAAAUGCAUAUUUCCAGUUCAUCAUGACUUCAACUUCAAGUGGCCUUACUGCUGGGUGAGGUGUCAUCCCAAAGCUGAAGUCUAUGAAGGUGCUUGAAGUUCUGAAAGCUCUGGAGGAGGAUUCUGGCUGCAUUGGGGAGGAGAUCUUUAUCUCCCCUCCUGACAGUGCUGUAGGGGACUUCACUGAUGAGGACUCUGGUGAUGAAGAUGGCCAGCAAGGUGCCCAGCUGCCUAGAAGUAUUCUGCAUGCCUCUGUUGUACCUGAGGACGACAGCCCAGGGGAGGAGGAGGACCUGCUGCUACAGCUGGCUGUGAAGAAGCAGAAGGCAGUAGUGGAAACUCAGCGAGUUUGGACCAAAAGAGAUAUCCGACCAGACUUUAGCAGUUGGAUGGAGUUAGAUCCUCAUACAGAGGAUCUCAAAAGUCAGGAGCUGAGUCCUGUAGGCCUCUUCGAGUUGUUUUUUGAGGAAGGAACAAUCAAUUUUAUUGUUAAUGAAACCAAUCGUUAUGCUUGCCAAAAAAAUGUCAGUCUGGGUCUCACAGCUCAAGAAUUGAAGUGUGUUUUGGGCAUUUUGAUUUUAAGUGGGUAUAUAUCCUACCCAAGGAGAAAAAUGUUUUGGGAAACAUCUCCUGAUUCACAUCACCAUCUUGUAGCUGAUGCCAUUAGAAGGGACAGAUUUGAACUGAUAUUUUCAUAUCUGCAUUUUGCAGAUAACAAUGAACUGGAUGAAAGUGAUUGGUUUGCCAAGGUUAGGCCUCUCAUCAUUCGAAUGAAUUGCAAUUUCCGGCAGCAUGCACCCUUGGAAGAGUUCUACAGCUUUGGCGAGUCCAUGUGUGAGUACUUUGGGCACCGGGGCUCCAAGCAGUUGCCCACAGGGAAGUCUGUGCUGCUGGGCUAUAAGAUAUGGUGUGGCACAACCAGCAAGGGAUAUUUGGUGUGGUUUGAGCCCUCACAGGCCACACUGUUCACCAAGCCAGACCAGGGCCUAGACCUGGGAGGCAGCAUGGUAUUAAAAUUUGUAGAUGCACUUCAGGAGCGCGGCUGUCUGCCAUACCACAUAUUUUUUGACAAGGUUUUUACAAGUGUGAAAUUGAUGUCCCUUUUGAGGAAAAAAGGGGUGAAGGCCACAGGAACUGUACGUGAAUACAGGACUGAACAAUGUCCCCUUAAAAAUCCUAAAGAGCUGAAGAAAAUGAAGAGGAGUUCCUUUGAUUACAAAGUGGAAGAGCAUGAGGAGAUCAUUGUGUGCUGCUGGCAUGACAGCAGUGUGGUCAACAUCUGUUCCAAUGCCACUGGCAUUGAUCCUGUGGGGCUGACCAGCUGUCUAUCGGGAGCAGCCAGGGUACAGAGCCAGGUCUGCCAGCCGUCCCUGCUGAGGUUGUACCAGGAGAAGGCAGGGGGUGUGGGGCGCAUGAACCAGAACAUGGCCAGGUACAAGGUGAAGAUACGAGGCAUGAAGUGGUACUCAAUCUUUAUGGGCUACAUUCUUGAUGCUGCCCUCAACAAUGCAUGGCAGCUGCACAGGAUCUGCUGCCAUGACUCACAGGUGGACCUUCUGGCAUUCCACAGGUACGUGGCCUGUGUAUACCUGUAGAGCAAUGCCAACACAACGUCCCAGGGAAGGUGGAGCCGGCAGCUGGAAACUGAGAGCAGAUUUGACAUGAUCGGGCACUGGAUCAUACACCAAGACAAGAGGACCCGGUGUGCACUCUGCCACUCACAGACCAACACCCGCUGUGAGAAGUGCUGGAAGGGUGUGCAUACCAAGUGCUUCCGGGAAUACCAUGUCCGGUGAUAUGUUGGCAAUGAGAGUGCUGGUGAGCGUGGCAGGGAGAGCCCCAGUGUCUGGUGCAUAGUAAGAUGUAAUAAAGUUGGAGCACUUGUGUUUUUUUUGAGUUGCAAAAAAGAGACCUAGACCCAUGAUAAAUGAUGUUAUAUUUUCUCCCCACCUACAUAACACUUACCUCUUCAUUAUGCCCUCAUAAGUAAUAUAAAUUAAUAUUUAUAUUAGUAAUUAUAAAUGUUUGGAAAUCUAUAUUUUAUAUUAUUAUUUAUUUAUUGCCCUUUUCUAUUCAUAUACAAAUCUGGUUUUGGUAUACAGCUGAGUCCUAGUAAGAAUAAUCAAAUGUAGCAAAAUCCUUUAGAGAAACUUUCAUGAACAAUAAAAAAGAUUUCACAGUUGUGUUCUAAUGAUUAUAAUCUAAGAUAUAGGCAACAGUGUAUAAAUAUUGUAUCAAUA